AUGAUCAGACAGAAACCAUUCGGAUGCACGACUUGUCUCGGAUUAUUUCUUUACUUUUGUAUCGUGAUCUUUUUGGAUGGUCUCAUAGCUCGUCUGUUUCGUUCCCAGAAGAAUUACGCCACCUACGCUAGAGAGGAUCGUUGUGUCGCCGACGGAUCAAGCUUUAAAUCAAUGGUCAGCAUGGACCCGCUGCCUAUCCGAGCAAUGGUCAGCAUGGACCCGCUGCCUAUCCGAGCUCCCGUGGAAGCUGAAUUCAAUGCGGAUGAUGAGAAGAAGGAUUGA